GGAACUGUGCACUUUUCAUCUCUUUCUUCCUUGGACCAGUUUCACGGACUAUGGUGUGGACCAAAAUUUCCGCACCCAGCCUGGUGACGGGUUCCCUCGGGACGUCCAUCACUGUUCGAUGCCACUAUAGCCCCCUUUACAAGAACCACACAAAGUACUGGUGCGAGGGGGUCAUUUAUGAGCUGUGCAAGAUCGUAGUGAAGACCACCAAGCCUCGGAGAUGGGGCAGGGCCUCCAUCCGGGAUGACACUCAAAAUGGGUUCUUCACCGUGACCACGAGUGCCCUACGUUGGAGUGACAAAGGAAAGUACUGGUGUGUCAUCGCCAGGCCAGGGAGGAACGUCUUCACAGGAGUUUUCUUAGAGAUUGUCAAAGCAGAAAACAGUACCACCAGUAAACCAGAAGAGGACAGUAAAACAUUCGACGGAUGGGCGGUUCUGCGAUGGAUCCUCUUUGCUGCGCUCUUGGCUUCUUUUCUCACUGUGAAUGUGUGUAAAAGCUUCCCGGAGUGCAGCGUCUUUGCUGAAGGAUCCAGGCGCUGCCUGCGGGUCGACACCUGAAUUUCUCUGGAGCUUUUCACUUCUCCUGGCAUGCAGUCUUUCCUCGGAUCCAUGAACAAACACCUGCUUUCCAGUCUCCCCCACGGAGACCAGCUGCAUCGACUGGUUCUUGUUCAUAACAAUUAGACUCAAUUUCACUGUGAGCAGAGACACUGCUCAAGGUGUACAAAUGACCGUUAAAAGGUAAAGACCCUUUAAUAGUAUAUUUGUGCUAAUAAAACAUGCUACAACACAGUAUUCUUGCCUGUAAAUGCUGUCAAAAACAAGACCUCUUCAGGUUUAUGGGAUGC